AUGGAGUUUGAAACAAGCCUGAGAGAGGAUUUCCCUUUCCUUUCAAACCUUUUCUCUGAUAAUUCUCCCCUGAAACCUGACUUCGGAAAUGGUUUUCCCUUGGAUGGUUCGUCCUCUUCCAAAGGGUUGCUUCACAACUUUAUCCUUCCUGACCAUAGUCACUACUCCCCCAGUGUCAACAAUGGCCCUCUCUUGAAUCCACACCAUUUUCAUCAGUUUCCCGCUGAAGGGUCAUCAAGGAAUCCCUUUUUCGGGGUUUCCUUGACAUGCACCGAUGCUUUCGAGCCUUAUGUCAAUGGAUUUCCGAAUGAUCUCAAUGCUUACAUCCCUUCCUUGGCUUUUGCACCAGAUGGUGUCAAUAACAAUGUCUUUUUGCAGGGUUUUCAGAGUGAAGGCUGCUGGGAUUUUUCUCAGAAAGUUCCACCUCAACCCCUGCAGCCUGAAACUCAGACUACUUAUCAGCCUCUGAUUUUUCAGGAUCAAGAAGGACCGGUGGCUGCUAAGGUGGCUGAUGAAGUCUCAUGCGUCACCGGAGAUCAAAAUGGGUAUCAAGACAAAGUUGAUCAGAAGAGGGACAAAAGGUUCCAGACCAGGAGAUGUUACAAAGCUCCUAAGAAAUCUAAUAUCAUCAAAGGCCAAUGGACUCCUCAAGAGGACAGACUGCUUGUGCAGUUGGUAACAAGGCAUGGAACCAAGAAAUGGUCUCUGAUCGCAAAGAUGCUGAAUGGGAGAGUGGGAAAGCAGUGUAGAGAGAGAUGGCAUAACCAUCUGAGGCCUGAUAUCAGGAAGGAUUCGUGGAGCGAAGAAGAAGAUAGGAUUCUGAUUGAAGCACAUAAAGAAAUAGGGAACAAGUGGGCUGAGAUUGCCAGGAGACUACCAGGACGCACCGAGAACACUAUAAAGAAUCAUUGGAAUGCAACCAAGCGAAGGCAAUACUCAAGGCGCAAAGGCAAGGACUCCAACCCCAAGGGCUCCCUUUUGCAAAGCUACAUCAAGUCCGUGAGUUCAACCUCGACCCGAAAGGACAAAGGGAAAAGGGUCAUGGAAGCCAAUGCUCAGAUGCUGAUAAACAACAACCCAGCAGCAACAAAUCCGCAAGCAGUUCAAGUCCAAAGCUCAGAUAUCAACCCAAAGGAUUGGCCAGUUGCGGUUUACAAUGCCCAAGCUGAUCAUGAUCAGCCCAUGAAUUUCUCGUUCGACACAAGUGUUUUCGGUGAAAGCUGCACCGCUAGCUUUGAAUCGAUGCUCGAAGAGGUUCCUUCUGGUUCCGUUGUUGAAGAGAGCAAUGCCGUUAUGGAUUUUGAGCUGCCCCUGGAAAUGGAUUCCAAGAAGAAGGAGCUGGAUUUGCUGGAGAUGAUCUCUCAAGGAAAUCUCUAA